UUCCUGGGUGAGGAUGACUUCCCUUCAGAAUUCCUAAUUAAUUAUCAAUAUUUAAUUUCCUUCAUUUUUUGGGGGAACUUCUCUGCAAGAAUGAAUUUCAGAUUUGUGCUUUCAAGAAAAAAGAUAGGGCAUUUUUGGGUAUAGAUAGAAUAUUAAUUACAUUUUUAAAAAUCUUUAAUCUCUCCCUUUCUUGUUGUGAUAUAUAUCCUUUGCUCUAGAUCAAUUGUACUUAGAGGCCACAGUUGAAAGGCCCAAAAGUCAAGGAGGAAGCCAGACUUCAAAAUGUUGAUUGAGAAGUUAUCCCAGCAGAAAAGAUUUUUCAGAAGCUUAGGUUUCUUUCUGUUGUUGUCAUAGAAGAACACGUACUUCCUAUGCUUUCAGUUUCAGUAAAGUCUCCUGCUUUCUUCCAGUGAGGUCCCAGUUCAUUCCAGUUAAUCACCAAAGCACUUCCCUUUGCUUGUGAGGGUCUGCAUGAUCUGACAGGUCUUCCUUAUUUGUGGAUCUCUAAGAAAGCUGUGCACAUUUCCAGAGACCUCCAGGUCAAACCAUUGUAAUAUGUUAAUGUCACAAAGCAGUCUCUCUGAUAUUGUUUAUGUAUUUAUUCAUUAAAAUUCCCUUAUCAGAGCUCUUUCUGAAUACUUACAAUGGAUUUUCUGUGAAAUUUUCUGCCAUGUAAUGAAUGUCAGGAUUCUCACAGUGACUGCUAUUUUUUGGGUCUGCAGUCACAGAUAUAAAUGUAGUUAUACAAAAAGGUUUUUAAAAAUAAUACUUCCGUUAUUAUUUACAAUUUUGUUGGUUGAAUUUUCUCUUUUUUUCUUUCAUUUUAUAGAGUAGUUUCACGUUGUCGAGUAGAUUUUAUUCACAUCUGUUAAUACUGUUUUAUUUGUGAUUAGAUGGCAAAAUUCCAUUACUUCACAAAUUCCAUGUAAGUUGAAAUAUGCAUGAACAUUGUUUCUGUUGCCAAUAAAAUUAAAUGUGCUUUAACUUAAUUGUAUAAAUAUUACACCUGUUUUUAAAAAAUGACUUUAAUAUUUUAUCUGAACUUGUUUUUUAUCCUUUCUAUGUGCAUAGUAAUAGAAAUUUCCUAUACAUAAAUGUAAUGGAGACUGAAUUCAAAUGUGUGCUAGUAAUGAGCUACAUCCCAGCCCCUUUUUAUUUAUAUUUGGAGAGAUGUUCUCAGUAAGUUGUUGAGGAUGGCUUUGAAUUUAUAAUCUCUCUGACUCAGAAUUGCUAGUAGCUGGGAUUACAUGCAUUCCCAUAAUUUAUAUUGAUGAGUUUGUUCUUAUUUAUAGGAUAAAGACCAUAGCUUUCAAAAAUUUUGCAAUUUUGUUUAUCUUAUGUAUUGUUUAAAAUUUUAAUUUUGAUCAAAACCACAAAACAAAACUUGUUUUCUCCAACAUUUCAAGUUUACUGUUCAGUAAUGGUAAUUUAAAGUAUUAUGUAAUAUAUCUCUAGAAAGUUUACAUCUCAAAAAAGAAAAAAUUAAUUCCCAUCUAAACAAGGCCUCGGUCCCUCCUCCGCGUGGCCUGAGCGCCCUGCCCAACCCCGGCCAUGGGGUGCUGCUACAGCAGUGAAAAUGAGGAUUUGGACCAGGACCCAGAGGAGCGGAAGCUGCUAUUGGACCCUAGUAGCCCCCCCACCAAAGCCCUCAAUGGAGCUGAGCCCAACUACCACAGCCUGCCUUUUGCUCGCACAGAUGAGCAGGCCCUGCUCUCUUCCAUCCUCGCAAAACCAGCUAGCAACAUCAUUGAUGUGUCUGCUGCAGACUCCCAGGGCAUGGAGCAGCAUGAGUACAUGGACCUGGCAAGGCAGUACAGCACAGGCUUGGCUGUGCUGAGCAGCAGCCUGACCCAUUGGAAGAAGCUGCCACUGCUGCCAUCUCUUACCAGCUAGCCCCACCAAGCGCUGGCCAGCGAGCCUAUCCCCUUCUCUGACUUGCAGCAGAGAAAGAAAAUGAGACCCAAGGGGUAAAGGACUUGCUCAGAGUUAAGCCAGUGAGUCAGUGGACUGCAAUAACAAGUCUCCUGAAUCCUACUCUGAGAGUCUUUCUGCUACUCCAUAGUAGUUACCAUGGAGACCAUCUUCAUACCUACCCUUUGGUGACAUCAACUGUGUUAUUCUAUUACUUAAUAAACCCUUGAGGGCCAGCACUGAAUCUGGUUGGUA